UUAAUUUUCUUUUCCACAUGCAAAUGCUUAUCUUUUUAACACUGUUUGUUUCUUCUUAAUUCGUUCAAUAUACUUAACAAUGUGAUCCAUGCUUUUACUUUCUUCUCAUUUUUUUAACUAUGGAUUAAACGUUAUUGUUUUAGCGUCUCCAUCUUUGAUGGGUUUCCUGUUCAAGGAUCAUGAGCCGUGGCUUUGGUUGACUCCACAGUGUUUACUGUUUUUUUUUCUUUCUGACCUCCGGUUUGCUAUUUCCUCUCGUUCUUUAUGGAAAUUGAAUGAGUUGUUGGCAAUGGUGAAAGGGAAGCUUAUACUAAUCUGCCUGUCUGGUGGCCAAUUCAUAACCAAGGAUGAUGGUUCAUUGUCAUAUGAUGGAGGGGAGGCAAAUGCCAUUACCAUUUAUCCCGAAACAGCUUUUGAUGAUCUGAUGCUAAAAUUAGCUGAACUUUUGAGCUUUGAUCAUAAAUCCUUGUCUGUUAAGUAUUUUCUUCCAGGAAAUAGGCGAACACUUAUCACUUUAUCAAAUGACAGAGAUUUAAAAAGGAUGUAUGAUUUUCAUGAGGAUGCAGUGACUGCAGAUGUUUUUGUCACAGGGAAAGUAGGUUUUCAGCGUGAAGUCUUAGCCUUAUCUGGUGACAGGGACAAAGGGAUAAUACUGGCUGAAACAGUGCCUGCCUAUACUGGAUCUCAAGCUGCUGCAACUACUAAGGCUCCUGCAUCAACAUCUGAUGCCUUUACCAACUCUGAUGGACCUAGUGGUGCUAAUCUUUCUCCAGAUAGUCCUGCCAGCAGUCCAAUUAGACUCGAUAUCAGUUCUACCCCUGCUGAUACUGUUAAGAAGCGGAGGCGUAUUGCAUCCCAGCAAAAGGAUGCUGGCUCUGAAAAUGUUGGUAAAAGAAGUAAAAGUGUAUCUCGGAGAAAUUAUGUUCAAAAGCAUGAUCUCUCUGCAGUAGAUGAUAACAUGGAUCAGCAACAGGAUUAUGAUUCCCUGGUAGAUGUUUCUGUUUUUCCUGUUAACUCUAUUUUAUCACCCGAAAAUUUGGUGGCAGCUUGGAAAGAUGGUAUAACUGGUGUAGGUCAGGAAUUCAGCAGCGUGCAUGAGUUUCGUGAUGCAUUGCAUAAAUAUGCAAUUGCACAUAAUUUUAAGUAUAGGUUAAAAAAGAAUGAGAAAGGUCGUGCUAGUGGAACAUGUGCUGUUGAAGGUUGUUCUUGGAGGAUUUAUGCAUCUUGGGUCCCUUCUGAAGAAGUGUUCAAGAUAAAAAAGAUGAAUAAAACACAUACAUGUGGAGGAGAAUCUAGGAAGGCUGCUCAACCAACUAGAAGUUGGUUGGUGGGUAUCAUAAAGGACAAAUUACUUCAGAACCCACAUUGCAAAACGAAGGAAAUUACUGAGAGCAUUCAUCGAGAUUUUGGGAUUGAACUAAACUAUACCCAAGUAUGGCGCGGGGUAUUAGGUGCCAGAGAGCGGCUUCAAGGUUCAUACAAAGAGGCAUAUAAUCAAUUGCCUUGGUUUUGUGAUAAGCUGUUGGAAGCAAACCCAGAUAGUUUUGUGGAGCUUUCCGUUGGUGAUGACAAAAGAUUUCAGAACCUCUUUGUAUCCUUUCAAUCCUCAAUACACGGUUUUCAAAAUGGCUGUCGCCCACUUCUUUUCCUUGACUGUACAUCAUUAAAAUCAAAACAUCAUGAGACCUUAUUUACAGCUACUGCAGUUGAUGGGAAUGAUGGUGCUUUUCCAGUUGCCUUUGCUAUAGUGGAUACUGAGAAUGACGACAAGUGGCAUUGGUUUCUGGAGCGGUUGAGAUCUGCGGUUUCAACUUCUCAACCCAUAACCUUUGUCACUGAUAAACAGAAGGGGUUGAUGAAGCCUGUGCUUGACGUAUUUGAAAAUGCGCACCAUGGUUACUCUAUAUUCCACCUUUUAGAUGAGUUCAUGAUAAAUUUGAAGGGUCCAUUCCGUGGACAGGGGAAGAAUGCUUUGCCUGUCAAUUUUUUGGCUGCUGCCCAAACAGCCAGGAUUGAUGUUUUCAGGAAUUCAUUGGAGCAAAUUAAAUGUGUUUCUUCAGGUGCUUAUGAGUGGCUCAUUCAGAUUGAACCAGAGUAUUGGACAAAUGCAAUUUUUAAGGGUGAGACUUAUCAUCAAAUUACAUUUGAUGUUGCAGAGUCAUAUGCUAAUUGGAUAGAGGAAGUGCGGGAACAACCACUCAUAAAGAAAUUAGAGACAAUUCUGGGUAAGAUGAUAGAGUUGAUGAAUAAUCGUCUACUUGAAUCUAGCGAGUGGUCUACUAAACUUACUCCAGUUAAAGAGGAAAAAUUGAUGGAAGAAACUUAUAAAUCGAGAUUAUUAAAAGUAUUGUUUUCAUCUGAAAUGUUAUUUGAGGUCCAGAAUGACUCCACAAAUGUUGUUGAUAUGGAAAAACAAAGCUGCAGUUGUCUGGAGUGGAAAGUAACGGGGCUUCCUUGUCAACAUGCUAUUGCUGUUUUCAAUGUCACAGAAAGGAAUGUGUAUGAUUAUUGUUCAAGAUACUUCACUGUUGAUAUGUAUCAUGUGGCAUACUCCAAGUCAAUUAACCCCAUAGCAGGCCUUGUCAACCCUUGGCAAGAAGGGAAUUCUAAGUCAGCUAAAGCUAUGUUGGAGGAUCCAGAUGUACUUCCACCUUCAGCAACAAAAUCAUCGAGCCAGCAGAAGAGGAAGCGAAACAGAGAUGGAUUGAUAGAAAGAACUGUGACUUGCACCAGAUGCCUGGGAGUAGGGCAUAAUAAAGUUUCAUGCAAAGAGGUUGUGUAGGACCUUUGCGAGUCCCAAUCUGUGUUAUGUGUAUUAUAUGGUAGGAUUGCUCUCUUGUUUAUGUGGUUGGCCAUGCCUGCACCUGUAAGUGUGUUGUACCCUUUGUAUUUAUGUUUUAUGCCAGAUUAGCUAGACAUUCUUUAAA